AUGGCACAAUUCUCAGACCUUUCUUUGGAGCUUUUGGAACUCAUAGCUUCGUACCUUCGCGUCAAUAGGCCGGGAAAUGGAGCAGGCUCAACGCGAGAUAUACUGCUCAACCACGAGGGAGGCAUCUCAGAAGUCGCAAGGGACCUGCGAGAAGCCCAGGCUGCCUUUUCCAGUUUUUCUUACGUGAACAAAAUCUGCCAUCAACUAUAUUACGAGGAGGCCUGGCGAGUCGUCAGCAUCCACGGUCCAGACGCAGCCAACCAGCUCAUCAGCCUGUUCCGGAUUCUACAUAACAACCCUAGGAUCAGCAGCUUAGUCAAGGAACUUGUUCUUCAGUUUAACAUGCAUGACGACACGAGUCGCAUCUCAAUCAGGAAUAUGGCCUUUCUCAUGGGGCCUGACAUCCCCCGAAUAUUCGGCGGUAACAUGAGUCGAAACGAGUAUUACUCGAUGCUCGACAAGGCUCAUGGGAAAUUGCAGGUCCCAGUGCAGAAUUCGAAGUACAUCCUCUGGGCUACGGCGCUGGUAUUCCGCGGCUUGGAUCACCUCACACACCUCACCAUCUCCGUCCCAGACCACACUCUCACAUACGGCCAAACCAUUAUGUUCGGCGCGGGAACUAUUGGAUUCCCGUCGCUGCAGUCUCUAACUAUGCACGACGCCACUCGUGAUGAUGUCGACGAAGCUCCAUGGUUGUGGCCUCCUCCCUGCAUAUGGGACAGCGUGCUUGGAAACACACCAAGCGUGUCUGACGUUUUUCUCCACAACUUCAGCGACUUUAGGACAUUCUUCGAGCAAGAAGCAAAUGGCUUCGGGAAAACCUUGGCCUCACUCGUGCUUAACGGCGUUGAGUUGGAGUAUGACGAAUUGCUAGUGAAGCUACGAGAUUUCUCAAAUCUCGAAAAGUUCGUUUGCAGACGAGUGGCUAUUGGUUUUGACCAGACUCUGCUCGGCGUGCAGAUCCUCGACCCUACGGAUCCAGAUCCGUUGAUGACUAUCCUCUCCGAACUAGCCGCAACUCUACACACCAUUUGCCUUCCCUCCGUACACAAGCUUCCAGCGGUAUUACUUGGUCGUUUUUCAUUCAAGAAGUUCCGGAAUCUUCAAAACUUCUGGUUAGAUGCGGAUUUUAGCAAAGCUCCGCGCGAUGAAGGUUACGGAAGUACGGAACCCCUGCAAGGCACGAUUCUUAGACAUUUGCCGGCCUCACUGAAGCGGCUGCACCUCGAGGGGAAACCCACUGAUGAAGACCUCAGCUGGCUAGCGUCGAACUGCAAGUCCCGUUUACCGAACCUGAAAGAACUGGGAUUGGAUGCGACGUGUGUUGAUUCUGCAAGUAUGCGUCCUCUCGUACAGCAGUUGAGAGACGCUGGCGUUGCUAUCGUUCCUGUGGAUCCGUAUCCCCAACUUUGGUAG